UAAUUCCUAUUGUCAAUUGAUAAAUAUCUAUUGGUGUGUGUGUAUGUACGUCGAUAAUUUGCUAAGUGCUUACGGCGAUUGCUAUGUACUCAAAGUACAUAAACGAUUAUGAAUUAUGUAGCGUGGGUUGAUUCUUUUCAAUACAUAACUACAAUACAUAAUUCUAUUCUUACAUACAAAAAAACAUUUUUUAUUUGAUUUUGAAAAUUUUGCUAUAAAUUAUGCUCGCCGAAACACAGUUGACAUCAGUUAACUCACAGCAGUCGACAAUUAACAACAAACUCUAACAAAAUGAAAUUCCUCAUCUGCUUGGCUCUCCUUUUCGCCGUCGCUCAGGCUAAUCCUGGUAUUGUCGCUCCUUUGACUUACUCUGCUGCUGCUCUGCCGUCCGUCGCCACUUACGCUGCUGCUCCUUACGCUGCUUACUCCGCUUAUGCUGCACCCGCUGUGGCCACCUACUCUCAUGCUGCUUACUCCGCUCCAGUUGUUUCGACUUACUCUCAUCUUGCCGCUCCAGCUGUCUACAGCGCACCAGUUGCCCGCGUCGCUGCUGUAGCUCCUGUAGCUCCAGUAACAUACUCCGCACCACUUGUGUCCACUUUGUUGAAGAAGAAGUAAGGUGUGGAUUGAUUAAUGUCUUGUGAUAGAAUUAUAGCUCAAAUGUUGUGGGAACCGAAU